GUGUUGUCGUUGAGCGUGGGACGGAUACUCAGUCGAAUAGCGAAACCGGUUCAGCUAGGAAAACGCGCGCGCGCUCGUAAACAUGGAGAAAUUUUCUGAUUUUGUAUCGUCCAUAGGACAGGCGAGAAAGCUGCAGCAAUACCCAUCGCUGCCGCCCCAUUGUUCAGCGGCACUGCAGUCUAUGCACUCCAGGGAAGUCCCGGUACGGCCCCAGGUGCAAGAGGCUGGAUCUGUCCCUCUACAACAUAUGCCUACACAGCCCGAUACGCCAGAGGAAAAAUACCCGUCAGAGCUCUCUCCCUCCGCCAAGCUCACACAUAAUACCCAGGAUUGCUCCGAUAUGGACUCAGAUAGCGGGGAUUCCGCGCCGAAGAGAAAGAAGCGUCGAAAUCGUACCACGUUCACAGCGUACCAGCUUGAAGAGAUGGAGCGCGUGUUCCAGAAGACCCACUACCCUGAUGUGUACACCCGGGAACAGCUAGCACUCCGCUGCGCACUUACGGAGGCCAGAGUCCAGGUUUGGUUUCAAAAUCGCCGCGCGAAGUGGCGCAAGCGAGAGCGCUUUACUCAAGUCCCAGUCCCCGUAAGAGGCAUGGGCCCCACGUCCAUAUACGACCAGAUCCAGCCCUCCUCGUGGCCGCGUGGCAACGCACCCAACAUGAGCCCAGUGGGGACUGGGUCGGGGUCGCUGCCGCCGCACAUGAGUCUACCGAGCUACGCUGCAGUCCUCCACGGUCAAGCGCCGCAAAGCAUGCCGGGUAGAACCUCUUUUCCAUCUCAGCACAGUAUCAGCAUGACGUCAUCGCUUGGGCGAGGACCACACCCUAACGUCACAAUAUCGUCCCAGUCCCCGCGAUCACCCAAUCAGGUUUCUCCAGUGCUUCCGCCGUCUCCUCGCGCCUCUCAUUCACCCGCUGACACACACGGCUCGCAGGCGUGCCACGAAGAGCGGGAGAAAGGGCCGAAUGGCGAACGACAGACCUCUAGUAUUGCCGCGCUACGACUUAAGGCUAAAGAACAUUCGGUUGCCAUGGAGAUGGUUAGAAGUUUUAACAUGAGAGCAGACGUUUAACUCCAUGCCUCCUAUAGACUUGGUUUAUACAUAAUUGCAUACGAUAAGCUAUCAAUGAUACAUUCCUUCCUAGCAUACUAUAAGCCAUCAACGAUACAUUCCUUCCUAGCUUGAAUUUUAUAUUUAAUUUGGAGCUUGUUGAUUCUUGCCACGGCUACUCAUUUAUCAACUUAUAAGAAACAUAUAGCUGUGGAGUGUUGUGACGAACGGGACGUCCUGGGGGCCAUAGUACUCCCGACCCAGCUCAUCUCUACUUUAACGCGCCAAAGGACUCCCAAAGUUCGAAAAUAUUUUUGUUUUCAAAGAAAGCCAGGUACUGUGAUUGUUUACUCUCAAGAAUUUAUUGGUUGUGAACGGGUCUUGGAAGGGGUAAACAAGAUGAGCGGGUUCAUCAGAAUUCUAUAGAUUAUGUUGUGUGAUUGAUGCAAAUCGUAGGAGCUUUCCUGACGUCCGUGAUCUCCCUAUAGAUAAUGUUGAAACUGACAAGGCGCAUACGCCAUUCACUUCUUACUUUCUUUUCACAUUUAUACUGUUGUUUAUAUUUAAUUAAUGUUUAAACAUUAUUAUAUGAAUUUAUGGAUUGUAUUUUUUAAUGUGUUUGAUAUUGGAUUAAAGUCAUGAAAACAAUAAAAGUACAUUUUUG